ACUCUCUCUCUCUCUCUCUCUCUCUCUCACACACACACACACACACACACACCAACGCCAUGUCUUCAGCAAAAGCCAUGCUAUCAACAGCGGCCUCCGUCGCAGCAUCGGCGAUGGUCAUCCGCACGAUCGCCAAUGAGCUGCUACCCCGCCACUUCCAAGACCUCCUCUUCUCAACCCUCUACACCUUCCUCAACCGCUUCUCCUCCCAACUCACCAUCGUCAUCGAAGAAUUUGAUGGCUUCUCCGCAAAUGAACUCUACGAUGCUGCUCAGAUCUACCUCGGAUCCAAGAACGCCUGGCCGAUGAAAAGGCUCAAAGUCUUCAAACACGACAACGAGAAGGACUUUUCAAUGUCCAUGGAGAGAGGCGAGGAGAUCGUCGAUAUCUUCCAAGGUAUGAAGCUCCAAUGGCGGUUGGUCUACAUAGAGAACCAAAAGAACGUCUUCUACUCCUCCAACCACCUCAAUUCCGUCGUGCAAUCUGAGGCCCGGUCGUUCCAGCUCAGCUUCCACAAGAAACACAAGGACAAGGUCUUGCACUCCUACUUGCCAUUCCUUCUCAGCAGAUCCAAGGCGUUGAAGGAAGAGAAGAAGACACUGAAGCUGCACACGCUCGAUAAUGAACAAAUGUUUAGGCACAUGGGAGGUGUAUGGACUUCGGUCAAACUCAACCAUCCAGCGACGUUUUCAACGGUGGCGAUGGAUUCGGAGGUGAAGCAGGCAUUGAUGGACGAUCUGGAUAGGUUUGUGAAGAGGAAGGAGUUUUAUAAGAGAGUGGGGAAAGCUUGGAAGCGUGGUUAUCUGUUGUAUGGCCCACCUGGUACCGGCAAAUCGAGUUUGAUCGCUGCAAUGGCGAAUUUCCUGAAUUUCGACGUCUAUGACUUGGAGCUGACUGACGUGAAGCGGAAUUCCGAUCUCAGGCGAUUGCUGAUCAGGACCGCUAAUCAAUCGAUCCUCGUCAUCGAGGACAUAGAUUGCACGGUUGAUUUUAAAGAUCGUGAAACACCGGUGACUGUGGAUGCAGAGGGGAGACCAAACUUUCGAGAGGAGAAUCAGAUGACCCUUUCAGGGCUUCUCAACUUCAUAGACGGCCUGUGGUCGAGCUGCGGCGAUGAGAGGAUCAUCAUCUUCACCACAAAUCACAAGGACAAGCUGGACCCCGCACUAAUGCGGCCGGGACGCAUGGACAUGCACAUCCACAUGUCCUACUGCAGCUUCUGCGGAUUCAAGACCCUGGCAAAGAACUACCUCAUGAUCGACGACCAUCCGCUCUUCGGUGAUAUCCAACGGCUGAUAGCGGAGGUGGAAGUCACACCGGCGCAGGUGGCCGAGGAGCUGAUGAAGAGCGACUGUCCGGACGUGACCCUUCAAGGACUCAUCGGAUUCAUCCAGAGGAAGAAGAUUGAAGAUCUCGAAGCCAAAGCUAAGGAAGAAAGCGAGUCUCAAAACGUGCGGGAAACCAAAGACAAGGGACAAAAUGGAAAGGAAGGGAAGGACGAAGUGCAGAGUGGGAAGGAAACUAAGGCAGAGGAGCAAAACGGGCAGGGAAUGGAAAAUAACAAGUGAUCUAUUCUUGUACUAUAUAAUAACUGCUUUUAAACAAAUACCCACCAGCUUUAUGCACCGAAUAGAAACCUAUGUAAAACCACUAGAAUGGGGGAGGGGUUUCACUGUAAUAGAUGCUUUCUUACUUUGUGAGGAAGCCCAGCAGGGGCAAUUUCGUCA